UAAAUCGUUUGGGUAUAUGGGACAUAGAGCAUGUGAUAGGAUAUAUUGAUCGGUGUACCUUCAUGCCAUAUUUUCGGGCCCCUGCUAAUUGAUAUAUUUUUAAACGAUUUGAUGUUCUCUUACAUUGACAAUGACGUCAAUGAUACUCAUAAAAGCAUCUGGAGGAUAUGUCACUGAACUACAGCAACAAUUGAAAAAUUUGCCUGUAUUUAUUUCUAUCUUGCUUCCCCGUAAUUGACUUCAGUUACAUGCGGAGAAGUGCAAAGUUAUUUUGGAAAGCCUGGAGAAUGACCACUUUAUAUACCUGUAAAUGGUCAACAUCCAGUGGAGUGUAAGGAAGUUAACUGUUAGAGAAAAGCAUUGACAAUUGUUUAACAUCUCGUAACGACGUCUAUACCCUAUGCAUAAGAGCAAAUGCUAAGGUUUUAGCAUUGCAGAGAAGUGCUUAUUAUAUGCCACUUUUGUAGCAUCGGAAACAUAUUAUUGUCAGCUUAUUUGGUCUCUUUCGAGUAGGCUGAACUCAUAUAAAGUCUAGUGCCUUUUCAUCUGCUUAUUAAUUGAUUUUUCCCAUCCAUUUUUGAUUGAUUAUAUUAGAAUUAGCACUAAAAGAGAUAUUUUAAACGAAAUUUGGAUUGAAUCCUCCCUACAUGGGAAAAAGUUAAAAGGGCCCGUGGAAAAAUCCAAUAAGACAGAGGAACAAUGGAAAAGAUAUGCUAUUUGGAUUUGAUGGCGUUAGCAAUAGCCCGUCAGUAGACAAUAAAUUUUUUUUAGAAAUUUUAUUUACUUGUUGCCUUUGUUGUGUACAGCCUAAAACGCUAAUAACAGAAUGUGUAGGAUCAUGGUGUUUAAACAUAUUAUUUAAACACCAUUUAUUAAAUCGUCUAUUUCGAACUGGGUCCUGUGAACAGCUUUUGAAAAUUGAUUUCAUUUUAGUCCCAGGUGUUCCCUAGUUACACAUGCCGAAGAUGACGUCAGUUAUUUCGACCCGUUUCCAAGUCAAGAAUGCAAUACAAGGGCUUUUCCGAAUGUUUGAAUGCUAUUGACGUCAAUCUUUGUAAUUACGUAAUGUUUAAAUAGCCGAUAAACAAAUUAGACUGAAAAAUACUAUUCUGCUUAAAACUCUUCAAAGCACUUCAAAUUGCACGAGAAAAGACUGGAGAUAGACUUGCAAAUGGUAGUACGUGUGGAAAUGGAACUUUCGUUAUGAAAGAAAGUGUGACGCAACAUAUAGAAUGUGUUAAUUAUAUGCAUCAAGCUGGUAAAUGUUGAUAUACAUUGUUAUUUUUGCCAUCUUUUGGAACCUUAAGCUGUGAAUGGAUGUUUUAUUUAUGGCCCGAUCGGUUUAUUGGAUUUGUUCCGAGAGAUGCAUUUAAAAAAAAAAGUUUGAGAGUGACAUUACCGCAGAAGGCGUCCUAUCCAAACGGAACAAAUUGUAGUAAUCACACAGCUGGAAGAAUAGAUGUUCAAAGCGUAAACAUAGCAACAUCAGCAGUUUGGAAUUCUCGCAUGGGUGAAGAAAUGAAAAAAACUUUGGCUUAUCAAUUUAAUUAUGCGAAACAAUUUGUUGAAAUAGGUUUCAAAAAACACUGGGAUGGAAUGUUAAUCAAGCUUUUUAUAAAUUGCUUGGAUGAUACAGGGAAGAAUAUCUUAAACUACUCUGCGACAAGAUGUGUGAUUAUUAAAUAUGAAGGGAAUGUUUCUUAUCUAACCUCACUACCUGCAAUAUCACCAUCACCCAAAACAACAAAAGCAACAGAAAACAAAACAAUAAAAACAACAACAACAACAACAGAAAUUACUGCCACAAAUGCAACAAGAAAAACACGCAUUGUUAUUGUUCACAAAUGUAGUACUGAAACUGAAAAUGUAGUUAUUGUUGUAUUAUCUCUUUUGGUUGGAUUUUUACUAAUUUUAUUUUUUAUAAUCUAUAUUGGAAAAAAGAAGAAUUUAUUGAUAAUAAAAAUUAAUUGGAAAAACAAAAAUGAAUCCCCUGCACAAGGAAAUCUGUAUGAUGAGAUUUCUUUACCUAAUUCAGUCAAUAUGGAAAUGAGUAAAUCUGAUCAGACGAAUAAGCAUUACACUGAAUUAUCACUGUCACAAAAAGACUUUUCCCAAGCUAAUUACACCGGUCUUGAGAGAAACAAUAAAGGUUACGAUGAUUAUGAAACAGCUUCAAGCUAACAACUUUUUUUGAUGUAUAACACAAAUGAUGUUGGAUUGGAAGUUUAUGUCAGAAAUGAAACGCCAGCAAAGCAAUUUAAAUUUUUCUAAAAGCAAAAAAAACAUAUCGCACAUUUUCUUAUGUUAUGAUUGUAAAUUUAAGUGAUAAACAUGAAGGAAAUAUUAGAGAGGGUAUUAUGUUUUGUUGAAAGUCUAAAGGACUACCAAUUAUAUAUGACCGAAGUUUAUUUAGCAUCAUCCAAAAACAACAUAUUUUUACUAUAAACAUUUCAGUAUCAAUUACAUGAGGCUGAUAAAAGCUUCUUUCAAGUGAAACGAUUCUGACACAAAAUGCAUAUCGUAAAGAAUAAUAGAAAAAUUAGAAUAAUGAAAAGUUUGGUUAAAAUGUGUGAAAGUGUGUAAUAAGAGAAACACAGGGGAUAUAAAAUGCGUUAACCCUGAAAAUACUAAGAAGGGGGAGGAUUCUGCUUCUUGUAAAUCUUUUGUUGCAUAUUGCGCAAAACUAAGAAAUCCCUAUAUUCAGUAAAGUAACUUCCGCCAACCUAAUUCGCGGAAGGGGAAGUUUCGCUCAAUGCUCAUUUUUUCUUAAUAAUUCCGUUUUGCUAUGCUACACAUUUAUGUUACAUAUUUAUGUAUUAGACAUCUGUAAGCCAAAGUCGCAUACCUUUCAUGGCCUAAUUAUUCUUUAAAUUUUGGACAUGUGAUUAAUUUGAUUUCCUGUAUUUUUCGAACACGAAGAUCGCGAAUACUGGUUUUUGGGGCAAUUUUUACCAUUUUAUAUACGAAUUACAUAAAAACAGAAAAACAUGUUAAAUAACGUUUAUUUGGAUUCCUGAAACUUCAACAUUAAAAUUUGUUCUAGAAUUAAUAAAGUGGUAUUUUCGGUAUGUUUCAAGUUUCUAAUGACUUCACAAAAUAUGCUGCCAUUAAAAACUUUUUAUAGUUAACAUUUGGUAUGCUAAGUUUAAUUAGAUUUUGAAAACGUAGUAUAUUUCAAAGUGUUAAGUGAUCUAUGGUUUACAAGAAUGAUACAAGGUAAAUGUAUACAGGUUAUUGUGUUAUAGAUGUUCGACGCAGUUUCAUUGUAGCAUUUUAUAUUUAAGUUAUUUAUAUAAGGUAAAGAAAUUUAAGUUGGCUUAA